UGUUGUUAAUAGAAUAUCCCAGAAUUACUGUUGAUUUUCUGAUCUCUUUCUCGAAAUGGGUAGUUGCUACUUAUCACUAUUUUCGUAACUUUUGCAUCAAACUUUGAUAUUUGUUGUUUCCUCUGCAAAAAUUUUUUUUUUGUUAUUUUUUUGUUCUCCCGUGUCAGGAAAUCUUCUAUGGGAUUUCCCCUUGUACUUGACAACAAUCCAACCAGAAUAAAAAGCUCCUUUUGUUCACUGUACACAUCUAGAUUCGCUACAGAUUUUUCUAUCAAAGGGUUUAUAUUUUGCGUCUUUUCUACUACAUUCUGCUCGCUAUUUUAUCCAUUGAAUCCUUUGGUGCUAAUUCAGGGAUCCCCCUCCCCUUCUUCUUGUGGUUAUCCGCAGGACUGGCUUUAGUUCUGACUGAGAAGUUGCAAAAUCUGAGGAACAGAGAGAUGGAAGGAGGGAGUCUUAACGAUGGCACAACCCAAGUUAACGCUAAGCUCCUCCAAAGCUUUCAGAAGAGCUUUGUUCAAGUUCAGAGCAUUCUAGAUCAAAACAGGCUACUCAUCAAUGAGAUCAACCAGAACCAUGAGUCUAAGAUCCCCGACAACCUCAGCCGCAACGUUGGUUUAAUCCGGGAGCUCAAUGGCAAUAUCAGGAGGGUUGUUGCUCUUUACGCAGAUCUUUCCUCUUCGUUCUGCAGAUCCAUGGAGAGUUCUUCUGAUGGAGAUUCUUCGCUCAGAUCAUCUGACGGCAAGUCUGGCAUGAAGAGAGUCAGACCUCUUUGAAGAAUUCUGUGUGGUAAGUGUCAGUUGAUGUAUCUUUUGAUGAAUUGGAAAUUAUAAAUAAUAGGUGGUUUAUUUCAUCGCUGUGAUGUAAUUGCUGUGUUACUCUUUCACCCUUGAGUCUGAUAUCGUUGAUGUUAACCCAAAGGAGGGGGAAAAAGAAAAUUGAAAGCUGGAUGCUUGGCACUUGGUAUCUUUGCUCGUGGAAAUCACUAGAAAAAGGUACAUUUUGAAAAAGAAACUCAAAUUUGUGAA